AUGCUGUCGUUUAUUUUUUCUAUGCUGUACGAACCUCGUGAGUUCUUGCUCACAGAUGGUGGAGACGGUCCGAUCCCAAAAAGCAGCAUCGACUCAAGGAUGUUUAGGUCUCUAAUUGAGAAUCUCCUCCUACCCGCACAAUCAGUGUGGUGGAGUAGUACCAAGACGAGACCGGAAGCGGGGCGUUUCGGGUUGAAGCUGGAGGGUGCGGGUAAGGUGCGAGUGUUCGCUAUCCCUAGUCCUAUCCUGCAGCGCUUGGUGAAGCCGCUGCAUGACUGGACGAUGUCGGUUCUCAAAGAACUAGAGACCGAUGGGACUUUCGACCAACUCGCUCCUCUCCGUCGGCUUAAGGGUCCGGCGAAAGUUUUACGCUUUACAAGGGGUCAGCCUCUGGGCUUCUACUAA